UCUUAUCAAAAUGACAUGCGAUUUUCUGCUAUAAUACAUGUCUUGCACAUUUAGUACCGGGUACGUACUAGUACAAUAUGAAUCGAUAAUUCUUGAAAAUAGGAAUAUGUGUAAAUAUUGCUUCUAAGAAAAAUGGCCUGUAGAUUCUUAACACUAUUUCAAAAGCAGAUAAUAAAGAAUAAACAAAAUUAUUUUCUUCACAUUUGUUAAGUACAAAAACCCCAGAGCUUUUAUGAAAAACAUGAUAGUUCAUAUACAAAUAGAGCAUAGUGCCUAGUGUCGAUUUGAAUUCAGACGUUUUUCAUUGUUACAAAAGAUUCGGGGGCCUCUAGAUCUUUAAACCUUUCAAGUGCUGAAGUUAAAGAUAUCGAUAUUACUUCAAAGUCCGAAAAUAGAACAUAAGUGUUGGCGUAGAAGCUAAACUUUUAAAUGAAGAAAAUGAUAUCCAUUAUAAUUAAUUUAGUAUGGAAAAUGAAUUUAAUUACUUUAUUAGUUUGGAAUAUUUCAACAGUGGAAGCAGUACCAUUAAGCAUUGCACGUUUAAAUGAUAAUACUAACAUUACAAAUAGUCAUCUCUCAUUAUCAAAAGGAAAUACAAGUAAGAAUAUAGACAAAUUCAUUUGUCUUGUUAAUGGUUCUGUUUACAAAUUUGGUGAACGUAUAAUUGGAGUAGCAGGACCUUGUGAAGAAUGUACAUGUCACCCUCCAAAUGUGAUAUGUUCCAUGAUGAAAUGUCCUUCUAACAUAGGUUGUAUUACUCUUCAAUUUCCCAAUAAAUGUUGCCCAACAUACAAAUGUGAUUGUGAACAUAAAGGAAAAUUGUACAACAAUGGAGAAAAAGUCAAUUUUUAUGAUGAUUCUGCCUGUAAAGUUUGCUUUUGUAAUGGCGGAGAAAUAGUAUGUACUUCAAUAAUAUGCUAUACUCGAAAAGACUGUAAAGGGUAUACAUUACCAGGAGACUGUUGUCCAAAAUAUGAUAACUGCUCAUCAAAUUAUACAGAUUAUGAAAAUAUAAAAAACAAUAGUUUUGGGAGAUCACUUUUGAAAACCAUUUUGAAAUCAUUUACUACUACUGAACGUAAUACAGAAAGUAUUUGGAAAAGAGAUACAAUAAAGAGUCAACAAUUGGAUACGCCUGCUUUAAUUACAGAUUCAUUAGUUGAUUUAAAUUUGUUGAAUGUAACUACACAAAUAAGUACAGUUGAAAAUAAUUCUACUGAAAUUAUGACGUAUGAUAAUGUUAAUACAAGCACUAUUACUGUCAAUAAAAACAAUGUUGUUGAAAAAUCAACAACUUUAUUUUUUUAUUUAAAAAAUAAUAAUCUUAACAAAGAGUUAUCAAAAAAUAAUAAUGUUUUCAUUGAUAAUAAUGAUGAAUCCGAUAUUUUAUUGUAUUAUACGGAACCCAAUACUUAUACCGAUAUAGAUGACAACAUUGAAACAACUACAGAAAUAGAUAACUCUAUAAUAAUUACACACUUAAAUGGUACAGAAAGUGUGGUAGAUGUUGAUGAUAUUUUUACAUUUAGUAAAGUGAAGCCUCCAACUUCAACAACAUAUAUAAGUACUGAAGUAGACAUAUUUAAUCCAAAAGAACUAAAAAAAACUUUAACUCCUUCUAAAAUUGAACUAUUUACAGAUAUACCAAAAUUAGAUGAAGUUUCAAAUACAGAUGACAGUAUUUCAAGAGAAAUGACAACACCCUCAUUAUUAUCUAGAAAAUCAUUAUCCAAUAAUCCACUCAAGUUAACAUUAAAAAAAUUACAAAAAAAAGAUGAUGAAAAUAAUACAGAAACAAUUUUCACAGAUCUAGAAAAUACAACUGAUAUGUUUGAGACAAAUUAUGGCUACCAAAUAGAUAAAAUGGGAAUAGAAACUUUUUCAGAUGAUUUUGAAAACAAAACACAAUUUGAAAAUACAACAGAUAAUAUAAUAUCAUUAUUUUCACAAACAAGUACAGAAACUGUAUCUUCAAGUAUUAUUGAAAAUAAUACUAACAACAUGGAUAUUUUAGAUUACCAAAAAAAUGAUUUGUCUACUGAAAUUGACAAUGAUAUUAUGACCAAUGAAUCAAAUUUAGACAUAAUUACUAAUAACAAUAUGCUGAAUUUAGAUAUUUUACAGGACUAUAGUGUAACUCAUGAUAUUAAAUCAAAAGAAACAGAUUUGAAUGAAAGUGGAAAAAGUAAAAAAAAAAAGUCAAAUGAUAACAAUAUUAAUGAAAAUCUAACAAAUCGAUUAGAAACAGUUCCUUUUAUUAUAAAAGCUAAAGCUGUUACUGACCAAACUAAAUUUCGGUAUAUCGAUCAAUCAAUGCCUUAUCCAGAAGAAUACCCUGAAGAAUAUGAAACUAUUCAAAAUGGACCAUCUCUAACUAUAACGAAAAAAACUUAUACUAAUAUUCCUGAUGUUAUCUACACAACAACCACAAUGAUAACACUUCCAACAUUAGACAUUAUAUACAAAGCAAAUAAAGAAGUACAAAAUUACUUCUCAAGUGGAAAUCUGACAAGUAUUAGUAAACCUAAUAACAAUAAUUUAAAACCGCUUAGAAAUAUUUCUUCUGCCAAACCUUCUAAUUCUACACAAUAAAACAAUUAUGAAUAAUGUAUAAUUUAUAUUUUGGACUUUAUAUAAAGUGAAUUUUUCUAAUUAUAAAGAGGAAUUUGUCCUGUAUUUUUAGAAUUCACUAAUCUUCAUAAGUUUUUAAUUAAAUAAUAACAUCAUUUAAGAUUUGCUUGAUCAAACUGAACUGAUCUGAUAGUAAAAAUGAAUUGUAAAGUUCAAGCUUAAAAAUUAGAGCAGAAGUUAAGAAUGCACUUCAAGUGCUUUAAGGAGAGUUUUAAUUAUAAGGUAGUGAAAAUUGAUUAUUUUAUUCAAGAUCAUUAAAAUAAAAUAAUAAAAC